AAGGAAGGAGAUAUAAACAAGAUGCAGGGUUGUUUGUCUGCUUGGCUAGUCAAACACGGGCUAGUUCAUAGAUCUUUGGGCUUCGAUUACCAAGGAAUAGAGACUUUACAAAUAAAGCCCGAAGAUUGGCAUUCCAUUGCUGUUAUUUUAUAUGUAUAUGGUUACAAUUAUUUACGUUCUCAAUGUGCUUAUGAUGUAGUACCAGGCGGGCUGUUAGCUAGUGUGUAUCAUCUUACGAGAAUAGAAUACGGUGUGGAUCAACCAGAAGAAGUAUGCAUAAAAGUAUUUGCUUCAAGGAGGAAUCCUAGAAUUCCGUCCGUUUUCUGGGUUUGGAAAAGCGCGGAUUUUCAAGAACGGGAAUCUUAUGAUAUGUUGGGAAUCUCCUAUGAUAAUCAUCCACGCUUGAAACGUAUUUUAAUGCCUGAAAGUUGGAUAGGAUGGCCCCUACGUAAGGAUUAUAUUGUCCCCAAUUUUUAUGAAAUACAAGAUGCUUAUUGAAUGGUAAGGAAUUUAUUUUCACUUCUACGACAUAAAGACUUUUUAUAUUAUAUAUGUUCUGCUCUAGAUUAAAUAGAGUAACUGAUGUCCCGCAGGUAUUCUAUAUAUGGAAUAUGGAUAGAUAAAAAAAAUAAAAGACAAGUCACGAAUUCAUUGAGAUUUGAAAAAGUUUUCUUUUGGAUGAGCUAAGAACCGAUAGAAUGAACUAAAAAGUUAUGUAUUAUGAACUUUGUACCGCGUAUCCAUCAAUUACUUACUUAGAGGGGUCAGAAAGUCCUAUACCUAUAAAUUCUUAUAUUAUUAGGAAAUCAAGAAAUAUAUACCAAAGGGAAUCUGAUUCUAUUUGGAAUUUAUCUAAGAUAAUUCUUAUUUAUCUUCAUCCUU